GCCCUUGACUCUCCAGCCAGAAGCCAUGAUGCUGUGGUUGACCCUCGCCCUCCUGUGGAGCCCCACCUGCUGGGCAGGGGCUUUGUAUGGGCAUGGAGGAGGCUCAUAUUUCAGUACAACUGAAGACAAUGAAAAUGAGAUCACCGGGAUCAGAGUGUUUAUAGGUAUUGCUGGCAUAAUUAAGAGUAUCCAGGUGAGGUUUGGCUCCUCCUGGAGUGAGAAAUAUGGAGCCCCAGGUGGGACCCCUCAGGAAUUUGUCCUGCAGCCCGGUGAAUACAUUACAGGAGUUGGUGGCUCCUACAAGCUUUUCCUCCGGCACUUGGUCAUCUACACUAGCUAUGGGCGUAAUGCCACAUUUGGAGAGAACGGUGGCAGGAGCUUUUCUGCCUUCCCUGGUGGGAGUGAGAAAGUGCUCACUGGAGUAUUCGGACAACAUAAGCUUCUGGGUAUCUCCAGCAUCGGCUUUGACUGGGAUUAUCCAAUAGUACAGUCGACCUAUAAUCAAGAAAGUACUGCCUUAUCCCGAUAAGAGCUUGAAGAUGUGUCUAGGAAAUGAGCACUCCUGGGACCCCAGGGCUGGGCUGUGUGUUACCCUGCCAAGGCCAUCUGGCUGGUGGUGGGCACAAGGCAUCAGGGACCUGAGUGCAGCCCUGAAUCAGAAUCCACCAAUA